AGAUUCCAUUUCGCAGCGACGCGAAAAUUGGAAAACGUGCUUACGAUUCCAUUGGGACGAACGAGAAAUGGGAAUAAAAUGAAAUGGAGCAAAAGAGCAGAUAACGAUGUAUUUUUUGGUGGCAUGCCAGUACGCCAUGACCCUUGUGAUGGCGUUGACACCUGCCCAACGAAAUGCGAUGGUUGUUAGCAGGAAUCCUAAUCAGCGAUACGCUAACGAACUCUCGAACCGAUCCAGCCGCGACCCACCGACUCCGUUGCUUGAUUACGCGAAUUCGAAGGGAACACGUAGAAGGGCACUUGAAUCAUCGCAAGAAGAAAUUCCUGCAGAAGUCCAGCGAUCGAUUUCGAUGACCCAGGAAGCACUGCUAAUUGAGAGGCCGAAGGCGAGUAGUUCGUUUGAUAAUAGGACAAAAAAAUCGGAAAUCACGACAGCUGAUACCAUCUUCACGAAUACUGAUGAUCGGGGCUCGAGAUUUUUCGUUAACCAAGCGCUCGAACACGCAGGGUAUGAGAAAAGCGUCACUAAAAAUGGGAAAGAGCUCCAGACUGAAGCUAUGUCCUUGAAAAAGAGAGCAACGGGAAAUACUGCAGAAGAGAGUUCUAGUAGAAAGGAAACGACAGAAAUACUUAGUCGGAAGAUCGACGUUGUAUCGUCUAGUUCUACUGAUCUUAAGGAUAAAGAUGAAAUUGCAGUCAGUGAGAAUUCCCAGGAGUUUGAAAACACAUUCGUAACGCCUCUGCCAGCGCCAGAAGAGUCGUUCCCAUCGAUCGUUAACGAAAUCAGUAAUCACAGAUAUGAAGCAGCAGUGCCGAUUAUCAAAAGCACACCCUUGAAUCACAGACCAGAUAGUGUUAAUGUGGAGAAAGCAGAAUUUUCCCCAUCUCGAUUAGAACACUCUGUAUACAUUGGAGUAACACCGGACUCCAGUCAUUCGGAGGAACUGGCAUACGACACCUACAGCAGGAUAAGUAAUUCACGAUACGCCGGAAAAUAUACUUAUGGUUACCGAGUAACUGACCAUGAAACCGGAAAUGACUUUGGGCAUGAGGAACAUCGGCACGGUGAUAUUACUAAAGGACGAUACCACGUGUUGCUUCCGGAUGGAAGAAUACAGAAUGUCAACUACCAUGUUGACCACGAUGGAUAUCACGCGAAAGUAUCGUAUCACUAGAAUAAUUUAUAUUAAGUAAUUAUAUUGCCAUCACAAACCAACAUUUUCCUCAAAUUAAUAUCU